AACAUUUUUUUUACUAUAUAAAAACCCUAAUCCUGAGGGUUUGAUUUCACAAUCUGGGCCCUGCCUUUCUUCUUCUUCUUCUUCUUCGUGUAUACACUGACUGGAGAAAGCCACACAGUGAUUCUCAGUCGAAAAUCCAAGGGAACAAAAACCGUCUGGGAGUAUUUCUCGAAAUGUCAGUUCAAUUGACGCCUUCCAAGAGACAGUAUGAUCGGAGGCUUACAGAACCAAAUGGUAAAGGGAAGUGGCACAAGUCGCAAAAUUUACCAUUGAAAGUUUCUCGUGGCAAUUGUGUUUUUCGUGUACUUUGCCUUGUUUCAAAAAUUGGCAGUGUUAUUGGGAAAGGAGGCGGCAUCAUAUCACAAAUACGUCAGGAAACUGGUGCAAAGAUAAGAGUUGAGGAAACUGUCGCUGGAUGUGAUGAGAGAAUAAUUGUUAUAAUAGGUUCUGAUAAAGAGAGUGAAGUUGCUGCUGAGCGGAGCAAGGAGGAUGUUGAUGACACUAACAAAGCUGAAGAGGUUGAUGAUGCAAAUGGUCAAAAUGAGGAUGAUGAAGAUAAGCAAUCCAUUCCUGUGGAAGAUGUACAAUCUGAAAAGGGAAUGUCUUCUGCUCAGAAAGCCCUUUUACUUGUUUUCGAAAGAAUGGUUGAAGGAGAAUUAGAGACAGAUGGAGGGGAUGGAGAGAGUGACAAGUCUUCCACAUUUGUUGUGAGGUUACUUGUGCUCUCCAGUCAAGUAGGCUGCCUUUUGGGAAAAAGUGGCAGCGUAAUCAAGCAAAUGGCCUCUGAUAGUGGGGCCCAGAUCCGUAUUCUUCCUCGGGACAAACUGCCUCCCUGUGCAUCUCCUGAUGAUGAGCUGCUUCAGAUUACCGGGUUAGUGGAUACGGUUAGGAAAGCUCUUCAAUCUGUUUCUCAGCAGCUUCUGGAGAAUUCACCUCGUGAUCAGGACCCCUUUUCUGCCAAUCCUGGCCGGCCAUCAUCUCAUUCAUUUGGCAAUCAUUUUUCUAGGCCAGAAGUGUACCCACCACCAAACUAUCCUUUCCCUCCUCAUGCUCCUGGCCACAUGAACCCUCAUGAUGAUAUUCUGACCUUCCGUUUACUGUGCCCUGAGGAGAAGGUAGGAGGCGUAAUUGGAAAAGGAGGAACUAUUGUCAAGUCACUUCAGCACGAGUCUGGUUGUGAAAUCAAAGUUCAGGAUCGUUUGUCUGAUUCAGAUGACCGCAUUAUUGUCAUAUCUGGUCCUGCGCACCCAGAAGAGAGAAUAUCAGCUGCACAAGAUGCAGUCCUUCGUGUCGUGUCAAGAAUAGUAAGGGCUACACCGGAGAGCAAGGAGAAUACCGUGACAGCAAAACUUCUUGUCUCGUCUCAUCAAAUAGGUUGCCUUCUUGGGAAGGCUGGUUCUGUUAUUACCGAAAUGAGGAAGUUAUCUGGGGCUCAUAUACGUAUACUGGGGAAGGAUCAACUUCCGAAGGGAGCUUCCAAUAAUGAAGAAGUAGUUCAGGUAAAUGGAGAUUUUGAAACAGUACAAGAUGCUCUUAUGCAUAUAACCUCUAGGUUGCGGGAUCACUUCUUCCGUGAUGCAUUUCCAUCUAUGGAUCAUCAUUUUCCAGAUCAACCACCUCCAUUCCCUUCAUAUGGAGGAAGGGAUAUUUCACCGCCAGGAAUGCAUUCGAAUUUAGGACCGCCAUUUCAUAAGUUUGAUGCUUUUGGUGGUAUGCCUCCACAUGGGGGCUUUCAACCACAUGAUGACCGCCCUCCAUUUAUGCACAAUAUUCACAGACCGGGCAUGCCCCAUAACAUUUCAGAAAGAAAUCCAUCUUCAGCAUGGGGUCCUCAGGGACUAACUGAAGGUGGUGGGCCUUUAGGCAUGCCGGAAUAUCCAGGAGCUCCCCAAAGGAGGAUGGUUGGAUUUGGAGGAGGAAGUCAUCUUGCAAUAAUCACAAACACCACUGUGGAAGUUGUUGUCCCUCGUUCUGUUGUUCCUGUUAUUUAUGGAGAGGAUGGUGGAUGUCUGAAACGAAUUCGUGAGAUUUCUGAUGCUAAAGUUACCAUCACUGAUCCCAAACCUGGGGCAACUGAAACCAAGAUUACAAUAUCUGGCACACCUGAGCAAACCCAUGCUGCACAAAGUCUUAUUCAAGCAUUUGUGCUUAGUGAGACGGAAGCUUCUUGAUCUUUGUAUGGAGAACUUGGUACCUCAACUGAAGAACAGGGUGGCUGGGCAAUGUUGGACUUCUAAUUUUUGUCAUUUCCGAGUAGUUGGAACUUAGUUGUGGACAUUCCUAGGGCAGCACAGAAACUUUGCAGAUUAAUCUUGGAAAAUUUGCGAGAGUCGUCUGUAUGUGAAAUGUAUCUUCGCUUGUUGUCAAAUGUAAGGAACAAGGGGAAGCAAUCGGAAUGAUAAUUGACUUUGUUUGUAAUGGAUGAGAUUUUAAAAUCAUGGGAAGCAAAUCUGAAUUUCGAACUUA